AUGAGGGUAGCAACACUCCUGCUAGCUUGGCUGCUGACCCUGCAGUGCCAGCGGACAGCAUAUGCAUCACAGCUUCUAGGAACAACGGAUGCGGUGUACAGGCUGAUCACUCGCGUGUUGAAGCAAAAUGAGCAUCCCUUUCAGCUUCAUUUGGUUGGUUCCUCCUCUGCUUCUUCAGCAGCAGACGAGUCGUCGUUCAGAAUGGAACCCAAGUACUUUGAGUUGCAAGAUGAAGGCAACGGAAAUAUUUUAGUGACAGGCUCGACAGCAUCUGAACUAGGUGCUGGUGUUGGAUGGUAUCUGAGACACUAUUGCAACAUGACCUUGGGGUGGCCCUCUGGUGGAGGAUCUCGGAUUGUCAUUCCAGACCAAUGGCCGUCCAUUGGUUCCAAAAAAGUUCGCAAGACAAGGGCGGUCCCUUGGAGUUAUUUCAUGAAUGUUUGUACGCAUAGUUACAGUCUGGUCUGGUAUGACAAACAAGAUUGGGAGCAAUAUAUUGAUUGGCUGAGCCUUACGGGUGUCAAUAACAUUGUAGCCUUGACGGGACAAGAACAAAUCUUCUAUGAAACCUUUUUGGCGUUGGGGUUAAACGACAAAGAUAUUCGGUCUUGGUUCAAUGGUCCGGCUUUUCUGACUUGGUCUCGUGGACAAAAUGAAUACGGAAGCAAUAUUGCUGGACCACUGCCAAAAUCAUGGAUGGCCGAUCAAUUCUUUAUGCAACGUGAUUUCAUUCUACCGCGACUGAGAGAUCUUGGGAUCAUUGGUCAACUACCGGGAUUUCAAGGAAACGUCCCCAUCCAAAUGAGAGAUAUCUUUGAUGAUCAGAACAUUACGCAAGAGGGAGCCACGGGUUGGAUGGAUGCAUUAGAUCCAAUAUUUGGUCAGAUUGCCGAUAAUUACAUGCAAAUACUCUUGGAUGCCUUUGGAACGGAUCACUGGUACCAACUCGAUGGUUAUUUCAAUGGUGGCACUGCUCCAUGGAUGAAGAAGGAUCCUCACAACAACAUUGAAUACUACCAUGACCAUGGCUACCAUGACUACGACGAAAGCACGAAAUUGUCUCACAAUGAAGACUGGUUUCGCCGAGGGACAAAAGCCUUUGAAUCGUUGAAUCGAACCGAUCCAAAGGCCAUUUGGUCGUUUCAGGGAUUCGCCUUUAUUGGAUGGAACAGUCCAGAUCAGGCGGAAGCUGUCAAAGGUUUUGUUGAUGCAGUUCCCAAGGAUCGGUUUGUGAUUCUGGACAUGUCGUACUCGGGCCUGGGAGAGUGGACAAAGUUCAACAAUGCAUCCUUCUUUGAAGCUCCAUUCGUUUGGACGGCCCUUCAUAAUUUUGGGGGCACUGAUGGUAUCAAGGGUGAUAUUCGACGAUUGAAUCAUUUUCCACAUGAGUUCUUGUCCUCAACAUCAAUAGCCGGCAUUGGUGGAACUCCUGAAGGCAUCAAUCAAAACCCAGCUUUCUACGAAUUCUUGUUCGAGUCUACUUUUCGAGAUGGGCCAGUGGAAGAUUUGGGCGAUUAUCUGGCUCAACGAAACAUGAAACGAUAUGGCUUGGCCGGUGUGACAGGUGAUGACGACAAUGUAUUCAUCAUCAAAUAUCAUCUUUCGCAAACUUGGAAGUUACUGAUGCGCAGUCUCUAUUCCAAUGACUUUAGUACACAAGACUUUACUGGCAUUGCACACUUGAAUCCCGGGAGAAACAAUCUUUUCGAAGAUGAUCGCUAUACACCGAAAGGCCUUCUUUGUGACACCUUUCUUGCUUGGGAGCAUAUGAUUCAAGCCAUACAAAAAGCAUCCUUGGAGGCAAUCGACAUCUACACUAUUUUAAAGAACAACAACGAACCUUUCCGCUACGACCUCGUCAAUCUGGGACGAGAGGUACUUGCGCAACUCUCCACACCAGCAGCGAAGAACUUUACCGAUGCCACAUCACAAGUUGGUCCCAACGAGAUUAUCAAAUCAGGAAGCUUCUAUAUGAAGCUUCUUCAAGAUGUCGAUGAUUUGGUCGGAACUGAUCAAGGAUUCUUGCUGGGGCCAUGGCUCGAAUCAGCUCGAAAAUGGGGGGCAAAUGAAACUGACGAUUGUUACACCGAAAUUUUAGGUCUUUCCAAUUGCGCCAAUUUCUACGAAUUCAAUGCAAGAUCCCAAAUCACAACAUGGAACCCAACACCCAAGGAUAGCAAGUCUAUACCAGGUGGCCCCAUCGACUAUGCGGCGAAACACUGGAAUGGACUCAUCAAGGACUACUACAUUAGGAGAGCAGCCGAUCUUCUUGGCCGGGCAAUAGAGGACAAAACAGCUGGUCGACCACUGAAUCAGACAGCAGUCGACGAGCUAUUCGCCAGCCACGCAUACCACUGGACAACGUCCACCAACAAAUAUCCAACCACAGUUCAGGGAGACGCAUUUGAGACUUCGAUCAAAAUGUAUGAAAAGUAUCGGCAUUGGUUUUCGACUUGCGCUGAUAGGACUGAAUCGAAAAUAGCGUAA